AUGUCGAUUAGAGAAGGACGUGCGCCCAAUUCUAGUUCGCCGGAGUCCUUGAUGGUGGUGAAUCUCUCCACCUAUCGGAUUGAAGGCGAAUUCGAUGCUGGUGGCUGCGGCACGGUGUUGGUGGGCAGCCAUGCCCGCUCCAAGCAGCCGGUGGUGAUGAAAAUGGCCAGCAAAGAGGUGGACCGGCUCCUGCUCGCCACGGAGCGCCGGAUCUAUGCGCGGCUGCCGAAGGCUCGUGGAUGGCCCAGACUCAUCGACGCCGGUACGUAUCGCAAACGCGACGUGCUGGUUUUGGAGCGCCUGGGGCCAUCACUGCAGGACUUACUGAACUUGUGCGGAGGACGCUUCGGUCUGAAGACGGUUUCGCAGCUAGCGCUGCAACUGCUCGACAGGCUGGAAACAUUCCACGAGCUGGGGUACGUUCACCGCGACCUGAAGCCGGACAAUGUCCUGCUGGGUCGCGGAACGACCCGCAAGACGCUGCACUUGAUCGACUUCGGCCUACCGUGGUAUGGUACCGAGGAGCGAUUUGAUCCGGACGAGGCACUGCUUCUGAAGUUGCGCAUUACGCCUAGCGAGCUGUGUAGAGGACUGCCGGCUGAGUUUCAGCGGUUGACCGAGUACGCGUUGCAGAUGGAAUUCUGCGACGCGCCGGACUAUACCGAGCUGAAGCGGAUGUUCCGGAAUCUGCUGCGCCAGCAUUCCAUGCAGCACGAUUUGCAUUUCGAUUGGAACCGGUUUGGCUGCUAA